AUGUCACGGAAGAAGACCAACUAUUACGUUAAGCUCCGAGACAUGUACAAUCUCCCCAUCUACACCCUUCGCCUGCCAGGGUCAAGACUAUACGUCGUCAACUCUCCAGGGCUCAUUUCGGCAGUCCAGCGGCAACACAAAUCGCUGGCGUUUAUGCCCCUCGCUGCCAAAGCAUCUAUCAAUGUUUCUCGAUUCAGCAAGACGGCAAGCGAGAUUAUCAACACCAACACGAACGGGGAGGAAGGCGAUUGGGGAUACGUUAUGACAUUUAAUGACGCCAUUCACCCUGCCCUGUCUCCCGGAACAAACCUAGAUGCAAUGAAUCGAGUCAUGCUUGGGCUGGUAGCCAUGUCACUCAACCGUUUGCGAGAGCAAUCAGUCACAAAAGUCAAGUUGCACGAGUGGGUAAAGAAUCAGAUUGCGCUUGCUACCACCAGCUCUGUGUAUGGUCCUUCCAAUCCAUAUAAAGAUCUAGGGGUUGAGACAGCCUUCUGGACAUUCACCUCAGGGAUGACGCAGCUUAUCAUAGGCGUUCUUCCCACCUGGACCGCCGGCGAAGCCAUCCAGGCUCUAGAUUUUGCAGCCGACGCUUUCGAGAACUAUUUCAGAAACAACAAUCAUCGGAGCGGGGCCGCGCUUGUGCAAGCUCGAUAUAAGCAUAGCAUGGAGCAUCAUAUCCCUCUUAACGAUAUUGCAAGAUCUGAGGUUACGAAUGGAAUCGCUCUGCUGGCCAAUACUGUACCUAUGACGUUUUGGAUGCUGUACCAUAUCUACUCGGAUCCAGAAGUCCUCGCAGACUGCCGCAAUGAACUCUUGGGCAUAGUGUCGGUUAGCCGUGGAAACAAAGGGAAAAGUACUCACACUAUUGACAUGUCUAAGGUGAAGACAUCCUGUCCAAUGUUUCUUUCGACAUUCAAAGAAGUCCUUCGCAUCUACAGCACGUCAGUGUCCGCAAGGCUCGUUAUGGAGGACCACUUGCUCGACAACCAAUACCUUCUCAAAAAGGGCAGUACGGUUAUGAUGCCUAGCCCUGUUCAGCAUUACAGCAGCGUUGUAUGGGGGCCUGACAAUGACACCUUUGACCACCGACGCUUUGCGAGAUCCGGUAAACGCCCCAGUGCAGCAGGCUUUCGAGCCUUUGGGGGUGGAACCACUCUGUGUCCAGGCAGGCAUUUCGCUUCCACCGAGAUCAUGGCAUUCGUCGCGGUUAUGAUCAUGCAGUUCGAUGUUAAACCAACGACAGGACAUUGGGUCCGACCGUCGAAGAAUAAGGUCGAAUUUUGGGAAUCCACCGCAAGUCCGGAUCACGACUUUGAAGUCGAGAUUCGCCCAAGAGAACGCGAGGCGAUGGAGCAGGAGUGGGCAUUCACAUUAUCGGACUUGGAUCAACCCAUCGCAUUGAGUGCUGAGGAUUUGCCCUUGGAAAGUCGCUGA